AUGCGAUGGAAGAAUGCGCGGCACCAGGCGUUGCAGAAGCGGCUCGAUAGCAACAUGCACAAGUGGAUCCUCGAGGGCAUCGAAUGCUGGGAUCAGAAGCGAGCAAUGGAGGGCAAGCAAAAAGACAGCAGUGAUGCCGAUCUGGUCUACGAGCAUUUAACGAAGCGAGCUGUUCAUGAUGGCGGAAAGCUGCCUUCUCAAAUUCCGGUCAUCCGGAAGAUGAGAUAUUCGUACAGUUUGCCUCCCGCUCAGAGUUGA